GCUUCACUCUCUUUCACGCACUAACCAAGAUGACAGCUAUAUAUAUACACGAGUCCCCUCAUCAAUUCGCCUCACUUCACAGAGUUCAGAUAAUUGAUAAUAUAUCAACUAGCCAUGGUUACGCAUGGAUGUCUGUAUCUGUGGAUGCUUUAUAUCAUUACAGUAUUAUCAUGCCUGGGGGCCGCGCUGGCCCAGUCGGACAACUACAUCGUCCAUAUGGACUUAUCAGCCAUGCCCAAAGCCUUCUCCACCCGACACCACUGGUACUUGGCCACACUUGCCUCCGCUACUUCCGACCCUGCUUCUCCUUCUUCCAAGCUCAUCUACAGCUAUUCCCAUGUCAUGAAUGGAUUCAGUGCGAGGUUGUCCGCUUCUGAGCUUAAUGCCCUGAAAAACUCCCCCGGUUAUGUUUCUUCCUUCCCUGAUUCCCCCGUCAAACUCGACACCACUCGUUCGCCCCAGUUCCUUCGCCUCAACCCCCUCGCCGGCGCCUGGCCCGAGUCCGACUACGGUAAAGACGUCAUCGUUGGUUUGGUCGACUCUGGGGUUUGGCCAGAAUCUCAGAGCUAUAACGAUGAUGGCAUGUCCGAGAUACCUUCCCGAUGGAAAGGCAAAUGUGAGAACGGCACCCAGUUCAAUUCCUCCUUGUGCAACAAAAAGCUCAUUGGAGCUCGUUUCUUCAACAAAGGGCUGCUAGCCAAGAAUCCCAACGUGACGAUAUCCAUGAAUUCGGCUCGUGAUACUGAGGGUCACGGAACUCACACUUCGACCACCGCCGUUGGCAGCAGAGUUGAGGGUUCAUCUUACUUUGGCUAUGCCUCUGGCACGGCGACCGGCGUUGCUCCACGGGCUCGAGUGGCCAUAUACAAAGCCUUCUGGGAAGACGAAACCUACCAAUCUGAUGUCAUAGCUGCUAUUGACGGCGCGAUAGAAGAUGGGGUGGAUGUUCUUUCCUUGUCGUUUGGCUUCGACGAGACACCCAUGUACGAAGACCCCGUCGCCAUAGCUACUUUUGCGGCCAUGGAGAAGGGGGUUUUUGUCUCUGCAUCAGCAGGGAACGAUGGGCCAGGUCUUCGAACUUUGCACAACGGAACGCCAUGGGUCAUAACCGUGGCUGCUUCCACUCUGGACCGUGAAUUUCUUGGCGUUCUAACCCUUGGCAAUCGUGUUCCGGUCACUGGCAGGUCCCUAUACGUAGGGAACUUCCCUGCAACCCAACUCCCACUGGUUUUUAUGGGAUCCUGUGACAGUUUGAAGAAACUGAUCAAAGUGAGGAGUAAGAUAGUGGUAUGCGAAGACACUUACGAGAACAGCACCCUGCUUGAUCAAAUGAUAAAUCUAGACAAGGCAAAAGUUUCGGGGGGUGUCUUCAUAUCCAAUAACCAAGAAAUAACAAUCGCCCUCCAGUUCAGCGAUAUCCCGACCAUCUUUGUGAGUCCAGAGAAUGGAGAAGUUCUGAAGGACUAUAUCAGCAAGAGUAAGUCGCCAAAAGCAAGCUUGAAAUUCAAAAUCACGUCUUUGGGUACGACACGUGCACCUAUUGUAGACUUUUACAGCUCUAGAGGACCGUCCCAAAGCUGCCCAUUCGUGUUAAAGCCUGAUGUCACAGCUCCCGGAACCUUAAUCUUAGCCGCAUGGCCUCCAAACAUUCCGAUUGGGAGGGCGAAGUCCAAGAAUUUGUUCGGCAAUUUCAACUUGGUAUCAGGAACGUCCAUGUCGUGCCCGCACGUGGCGGGAAUAGCAGCUCUCAUAAAGGGAGUACAUCGUGAUUGGAGCCCCGCCGCCAUUCGAUCAGCCAUAAUGACAUCAUCGGACUUGGUAGACAACGACCUCGGAAUAAUCAGAGACCGUGGGCAUAGAUACGAAGCAGCCUCUCCCUUGGCCAUGGGAGCCGGUCAUGUCAACCCCGAUAAAGCACUUGACCCUGGUCUCGUUUACGAUGCGGGAACUGAGGAUUACGUGAAUCUUCUGUGUGCGCUAAACUACACUGUAAAGAACAUUAAGGCCGUCACCAGAUCCUCUUCUCAUAAUUGUUCCAGCCCCUCCUUGGACCUGAACUACCCAUCUUUCAUAGCCUUCUUCAAUCCCAACGAUACCGCCUCGACAGUCAGGGAAUUUCAAAGAACUGUCACCAAUGUCGGAGAGGGACCAUCUAUCUACCAACCUUCGAUAACACCCAUCGAAGGGCUUAAUGUCAGCGUCAUCCCCAGCGUGUUGGUCUUCGCGGACAAGAACGAGAAAUUAAGCUACAAGCUGAGAAUCGAGGGCCUUGGAGUCCUGAAGGACGAGGUGGCUUUUGGUCAACUUAUCUGGUCGGACAAGACACACUCGGUUCGGAGCCCUAUUGUAGUCACAAGUCUCAGCUCAAAACCGAAAUUGUCACACUAGAAUUGCUUUAUAAAAACUGUAAACCAGUCAGCGUGUGAUAUGAAUAAUACA